UCGGCUAACCCAGCUCCUCCGUACCGUAGGAUCGGAGUGGCCACUAGGGAAAGCGGAUGAGACCAAGUCGAAAAGGAAAGGAGGGGGAAGAAGAAAAGCAAGAGCGUGAGGGAGAAAGAGAGCCAGUCGCCGUCGCCUUCGCCGCCGUCGUCGCCGUUGCUCCACCGAGCCCGGCGGCCGCCGUGUCCCCCGCCGCGCCCCGUCCUUCUGCACCGCCUAUGGCAGAGCCCAGUAGGCGGUCCCCAGCAACCGCCGAGCAAUAUUGACCAACGGACAGCGGACCUAUGAAACAGACGGCUAAUUUGACCAAUGGCAGUGGAAGGGCGGGCAUAAGCAUGACUGGCGGCCAGAGUAGUCCAACGAAAACUGGGGGCGUGGGUAGGCGGAGCCGGAAGUAGAACUCAACCUAGAGGCCCCUGUCCGGCUGGGGCGGAGGGUAGGGGGAGGGAACUAGAGGAGGAGGAGGAGGUUAGCCGAGGCAGCUACAGCGGCGGCGGCGCAGGGGCUGGUACGCGCUGGGCAGCGAGAGCCUCAUGGCGGAGGAAGAGAGCGACCAGGAGGCCGAACGCCUCGGAGAAGAGCUCGUGGCCAUUGUGGAGUCCCCGGCGAGCCCUGCGGGGCUUAAAGCUGCUGGCGACGGCGGCGGCGGCGCUGGCAGCGGCGGCGGCGGCAGCGGCGGGAUCAGCAGUCGGGAUUACUGCCGACGCUUCUGUCAGGUGGUUGAAGAUUAUGCUGGAAGAUGGCAGGUCCCUUUGCCACAGCUUCAGGUUCUUCAGACUGCACUUUGUUGUUUUACAUCAGCCAGUGCAUCAUUCCCAGAUGGAUGUGAGCACGUACAGUAUGUUUUGAGUAGCCUUGCUUUGAGUUUCUUUGAGUUGCUGUUGUUCUUUGGAAGAGAUGAGUUUUAUGAAGAGCCCUUAAAGGAUAUUCUUGGAUCAUUCCAGGAAUGCCAGAAUCACCUCCGCAGAUAUGAAAAUGUGAAUCUGGAACUGGUGACUCGAAUCAUUAGAGAUGGUGGCCCAUGGGAAGAUCCAGUGUUGCAAGCUGUUCUUAAAGCCCAGCCAGCAUCUCAGGAGAUAGUGAACAAAUAUUUAAGUUCUGAAAAUCCACUGUUCUUUGAACUGCGUGCCAGAUACCUGAUUGCAUGUGAACGCAUACCAGAAGCAAUGGCUCUCAUUAAGUCUUGUAUAAAUCACCCAGAAAUCAGUAAAGACUUGUACUUCCAUCAAGCACUCUUCACAUGUCUGUUUAUGUCACCUCUAGAAGAUCAGCUAUUCCGGGAGCAUUUAUUGAAAACUGAUUGUAAGAGUGGAAUUGAUAUCAUCUGUAACACUGAGAAAGAAGGCAAGACCAUGUUAGCUUUGCAACUCUGUGAAUCCUUUCUUAUUCCACAGCUCCAGAAUGGAGAGAUGUACUGUAUCUGGGAAUUGAUUUUCAUAUGGAGUAAACUACAGCUUAAAUCUAAUCCUUCAAAACAAGUUUUUGUAGACCAAUGCUACCAACUUUUAAGAACAGCGACUAAUGUGAGAGUCAUAUUUCCUUUCAUGAAAAUCAUUAAAGAUGAGGUUGAAGAAGAAGGCUUGCAAAUUUGUGUUGAAAUAUGUGGUUGUGCUCUGCAAUUAGACCUUCAUGACGAUCCCAAAACUAAAUGUCUAAUUUAUAAAACGAUUGCACAUUUUUUGCCAAAUGAUUUGGAGAUCCUCAGGAUUUGUGCACUCUCAAUAUUUUUUCUUGAGCGCUCCUUAGAAGCUUAUCACACUGUUGAACGGCUCUACAAAUGUCCAGAUGAAGAAUAUAAUGAAGGCACAAGUAGUGUUCAAAAUCGUGUUCGUUUUGAAUUACUUCCAAUUUUGAAAAAAGGAUUGUUUUUUGAUCCUGAAUUUUGGAACUUUGUAAUGAUAAAGAAAAACUGUAUAGCGUUACUGCGAGAUAAAUCAGCAGUUGGAUUUUUAAAUGAAAGUACACUGGAAAAUUCUGUAGGUAACCUUAAAAAGACAGAACAGCAAAGUUUAGAUGAAAGGCUUCACUCUAUUACUGAUCAGAGUACACGAGAGUUUGAUCCCGAUGAUCUUUCUGGAGUGCAGUCUAAAGGUCAUGGUCAUACAAAGAAAAACUUAACAUCUGUAAAUGCUUCUAAAGUAGAUCACAAUGUCCCAAGGCAUCGCUGUGUGUUAUGUAACAAAGAAUUUCUAGGUGGUCACAUUGUAAGGCAUGCCCAGGCUCAUCAGAAAAAAGGCAGUUUUUCAUGUGUUAUAUGUGGUAGGAAAUUUAGAAACAGAGGACUUAUGCAGAAGCAUUUAAAGAAUCAUGUUAAGAAAAUACAGAGACAACAAAUUGCUGCAGUUCAACAGGAAAAUCAGGAAAAUCCUGCUUUGGAAGAAAUAAAGUGUUCUGAUUCUUCCAUUUCAUUUGAAAAUGGGAAUUCUGAUAAUAAGGAUUUGGAAGUAGAGACUCUUACUGCUUCCAGUGAUGGCAACAAAGAAAUCAUCACUGAGCAUGUGGCUCAAUUCACUGAAAUUCCUGUAAGUGCACCAGAAUAUGUUGAGAACAUUACUGAAAAUGGCAGUACUAAUACUCCUUUAAAUAAUGUCCCAGAGCCUUUACCUGAAUGUGAUGAUGAGGAGGAGGAGGAAGUUGAUUAUGAGGAAGAUGAUUAUGACCUGAAUCAAGAAACCUCAAUUCUUCAUAAAAUCAAUGGAACUGUGUGUCAUCCAAAAGACAUAUACGCAACAGAUCAAGAAGGAAACUUUAAGUGUCCUGCUCUUGGUUGUGUUAGGAUAUUUAAAAGAAUUGGAUUUCUAAAUAAACACGCAAGGACUGUACAUCCAACUGAUUUAAAUGUGCGACAAACAGUAAUGAAAUGGAGCAAAGGAAAAUGCAAAUUUUGUCAAAGGCAAUUUGAAGAUUCUCAACAUUUUAUAGAUCACCUCAAUAGACAUAGCUAUCCAAAUGUGUACUUUUGUUUGCAUUUUAAUUGCAGUGAGUCAUUUAAGCUGCCUUUCCAGCUUGCUCAGCAUACAAAAAGUCACAGGAUAUUUCAAGCUCAGUGUAGUUUUCCAGAAUGCCAUGAGCUUUUUGAAGAUCUCCCUCUGCUCUAUGAACAUGAAGCUCAGCAUUAUUUAAGUAAAACACCCGAAUCAUCUGCACAACCAAGUGAAGUGAUUCUUUGGGAUGUUCUUACAGACUCAAACCCUAAUCAUCAGGAAAAAGACUCAUCUAGUAAUGAGAAACAGACUAUUAGCCUGCCAGUUUCUACUAGCAUAUCAAGGAAAGAUUCUGCAAAACCAAAGACAUGUAUAGAAAAUAUGGAAAAGAAAACAGACAAUUUAGUUCAGAAUGGAAAUGAACAUUCUGAUGAUGCUGUUUCAGAUAUAAGCUUGAUAGACCAAAAGAUGCCUGAUACAGAGCCAAAUUCUGAAAAUAACUGUAGUAUUAGUGAUCAGUUAGUCAAUGGACACAGUGAAAUAGAGCAAACACCUUUAGUUUCAUCAGAUCCUGCUUUGAAAAUUGAUACAACUAGAACCAGGACAGAAAAUGGUUCUAUUUUACCCAUCAUUGUACCACAAGGACACAAUACCCUGCCAGUAUCUCAGGCACCUUCCAAACCAAAUCUAACAAGUGAACACACUUCAUAUGGCUUAAUUUUAACAAAGCCAUAUGUCAGACCAUUGCCUCCCAGCUACCUUGAUGAACAGUACCUUAGUAUGCCAAAACGCCGUAAAUUUCUGACUGACAGAGUAGAUGCCUGUUCUGAACAGGAUAAUGUUUGUAAAAAAUCAGUGAAAAGAUUAAGAUGUGGCAAAUGUCUGACCACCUACUGUAAUGCAGAAGCACUUGAAGCUCACCUUGCACAAAAGAAAUGUCAGACACUCUUUGGAUUUGAUUCAGAUGAUGAAAGUGCCUGAUAAAAAUGUUUCAGAAAGAUCUAUCAAGCAGUAGUGUGAAAAAGGCACUACAAGAAAAUCCUUCAUCAGUUUUUUAUUUCCCUGAUGGCCUUAAUUUUAGAGUGGUCUCGGAUUACUAAAGAUAAAGACAAAGCACAUUUUCUAGAAUGAACUCAGAGAUGUGCUGUUUUAGAUUCCAAAAUGGUUAUUACGGAACUCCCAAAGUACCAGUUAUCCAGAAAACCACAUUUAAAAAAAAUUAUGAUUAAUAGCAGCAUGUUGAGUUUUGCUUAUAUGAGAAACAUACAUGUUCAGGCAACUAGUCAGAAAAAAAACCAGCUAUGGCCUUACAGAAAGGAAAAAGUUAACCCAUUAAAAAGGGGUGGGGGAGUUGGUUUAUGAUAAACAACUUAAAGUAUUCUACAAAUAGGAUUUGUUUUCUUUUCAUGCAUAAUCAGAUUAUGUCUUCCCUUCUGGUCAGGUGUGGUUUAAGGAACCACUGCUGUUUUGUGGUAUAAGUUAGAAAUUGACAUAUGAAAAUAAAACUUGUAAUCCAUUAAAGAAUGUAAUCUGUUUCCAGAUGAUUAAACAGGUCAAAGUUCAAUGAAUGCUAUUCCAGCAUUGAUAACUAAAAAUACAAAACAGUGUUUUGCUUGUUAGAACCUUCCAUUUUCUGCUUUUGUAAUAUAAUUUAGCUAUAUUUAAAAGGCAUAAGUGUCAAAUAAAGUACCAUCAGUACUUUGGGGAGUGGUGGGGGAAAUCUAAGACUAUUAAAGGCUAUAUAGUUGAAGGAAAACACUGAAAUGCAAAUUAUUCAAUGUGAAUAAUGGUAUAAGCACACUGGGAUAUUUCUAUUUGUAUAUAGAGUAGGAUUAGGACAUUGCUUGAUGAUUCAUUAAGGUCCUUUAGAUGUUAAUGUGAGUUAUCUAAGCUCAGUCCUAUAAAUAUAACUGGCUUUAAAAAUUUGUCAGCUAAGAAUCAGGUCCAGAAUUCAUUGGUUUUAUUCAAUUAGGAGAGUUAACUCCAAAAUAAGCCAUACUACUCAUGCUUUUUUGUUCCGUAUGAUGACUUUGGUAUGAAUAGUAAUUUUUAUAUGUAAAUGUUAAGUACACAAAAAUUUGAACAGCAAGAACACAGUAAGUGAUAUACUGAUGCAUUAUUUCCCUUGAUGACUAGUAAUUUUCCUAAGGAAGAUUUUAACUUCUCAAUAAAUUGCUAAAACAAAUUUUUUUAAAUGCCCUCUCAAAUUAGAUGUUUUCCCCUUGUACAUUCUUGAAAAGAGGAGCUUAAAUACCUCCUUUUACCUAAUAUUUUGUUAAUCUUAAACAGGGAUGGAAAAAACAAAAAUACAAAGGCAAAUCUUUAAAAGUGGAGCUACUAAUGUGCUAAUAUCAACUAAAUUUUCCAGUUAUUCCAACUGAUUAAUUUUUGUCCAAGGAGAUAAUCUCAUCAAAUCCUACUAUUAUAGGUUUAGGAUAUUAAAGCUGCUAGAAUGAGGUUACUAAGGAAGUGAGACAUUUCUUUCAAGAUAGUAUUCAGACUUUAUUAAAUUAGGAAUUCCGUAACGAAAUUUCUCAAUUUUAUUAGUUUAUUUAUCAUGGGACAUCACUACUAUGCAAUGAUGGUCAGAAGCCCAUUCCAAUCAAAUUUUGGUUUGUUUUGUUAUAUAGCCUAUAUUAGGCUGUGGAAUUUGUAUCUAAAUAACAGAUAAGUAAACAAAACCUAUCAGAUAUUUUAAUUCUUUAGGGUAAACAACAACAAAACUUUUUUUUCCCCAUACUUCUUGAUAUUAAAAAUGUAAUUAUUGAGUUUUAUUUCACUUCAACCUAAAAGUAUAUCAUGUAAUAAAAAGUCUGUUUGGAAACUGGUUCAUUUGGACAAUGAAGUUUUUUAAAAUAAUUUCUGCUUUUUUUUUUUUUAGAAUGUAUAACCACUGACAUAAAUCUGUACCUACAAAUUGUUAAAUUCUCAUUAAUUCUGCAGUUCAUUCUAAGAUGCAUUUAAACAUAUUCCACUUUUUAAAAAUAUUUGUCUUCUAAGGUUAAUUUGAGGUUUUAUUUCUACUUUUAUGUUGCUAAGAGUACUGUUUCUGAAAGAUGGAGAUCAAAUUGGUUUAUACAUAACUAAAAGACUUUUAUAAAAUUUUAUUUUACAUUGUUUUCAACCUCUUUAUUUAUAUAUUUCUCAAAUAAUCCCUACUGAAAGAAUGUAUACAUUUUGCUAUUAUAUAUGUCUUAUCAAACAUAAAACUAAAUCAUUUUGCUUUCAUGAGGUAUGUAAACUUCCAGCUGUUCUUCUGAAUUUGAGAUUCAGAAGAAAAGGAAGGUUCCUUUCUCAGUCCUCUGAUUCUCUUAUUCUUUGCUUCUUUUUUGCUCUUCCUACUUUAAGGAUGUGCUUAUAAGUUUCACACCUUUGUUUUUAAAUAAAAAUUCCCUUCAAAAUUUAAAUAUUAUCUUUUUGCUAUGUUUCAGUAAGGUCAAGAAAUAAAUUUGAAUUUGUGCUGCUCAGAUGCUAUGGAAGAAGUAGUAAAGGGGCAUCUCUGUGGGCAAGGACACUGGUACUUUGGGCUUUAGCCAUAUUCAUUUUUUUAAAAACAACAAUUAUAUAAUUUGAGUAGAUAAUUUAUAACGUUAUACUUGUGAUUUUUUUUCAAAUCACACCGAAGGUUCAGCCGUACUCCUUUCAUGUUUAGUUUAAUACUGCUGAAUGGAUGAAAAACCUAAAGGGAUGACAGUGUUUAUUUUUUAAUUUAUUUGGUACUGUAAACCACCUUUUCAGAAUGACUAAAUGCUGCAUAUGCAUUUUGGAAUUGUUAAUAUGUGAAAAGAUAUUACAGAUUCAGCAAGAAAGAAAAUUUGUGCUUCCUUGUUGAACAUUAAGUUAUUUUACUUUGCAUUUUAUAAGAGUACAAAUUAAAACUGAGCCAUUGAACUGCAAUAAAUCAACAAGUGUUUCAUUUCAAGAAAUUUUUGUACUGUACAUAGAUUUGUUCAAUAAAACAUUGUCCUUGU